AUGAGACCUUGUAAGGAGAAAGUCAAGUGUAAACGGUUGUCCUCCACACCCCUGGAAAUCCUGUUCUUUCUGAACGGGUGGUAUUAUGCUACCUAUUUCCUGCUGGAACUCUUCAUAUUUCUGUAUAAAGCUCUGACUUUUGUAUUGGCAGGUCUCCUGCUACCAUAUCCAACAGCCAAUCUAGUACUGGAUGUGGCGAUACUCUUCCUUUAUCUUGGAAUUGAAGUAAUUCGACUAUUUUUUGGUACAAAGGGAAACCUCUGCCAGCGAAAGAUGCCACUUGGUAUUAGAGUGGCCUUGACCUUCCCAUCCGCCAUGAUGGCCUCCUAUUACCUGCUGCUGCAGACCUACAUGCUCCACCUGGAAGCCAUCAUGAACAGCAUCUUGCUCUUCUUCUGUGGCUCAGAGCUGCUCCUUGAGGUGCUCACCCUGGCUGCUUUCUCCAGUAUGGACAGGAUUUGAAGUACAAAAAUCUCAGCCAACAGCCCUCACAGGCCGAGACCACACAUACCUCUGGUACUUUAGCCAUACCAGUGAGAAACGGUGGGUCAAGCUGUCCUGGGAAAGGUUGCAGCUUUUCCUCAGCACAGACACCUUGGGGAACAAACCGAGCAUAAGGCCACUGGGCACCAUCUUCUAAACCAGGAUCAUCAGCCCAAGAGACUCUUCUACGCUCCAGUAUAGGGAGGGGAGAAGCUGUCGCCAUCCAGGCCCUUCUCAGAACCAAUUCCUUUCUGACCUCAAGUUUUCCUCUUUGAUCAUCGUGGCCAGAGCAUCUUGU